AAAUGGCCCGAUAUGUCUCCACAAUGACAGACUGUUUCAUGAUGAUAACAUGCAGAUUAGAUUAUUAUUAAAAAGUUAUGAGCGAAUGUUUGCCUAAACAUUUCUGCCUGCCUCACCAGCUUUAAUCGUAAUGUAACACAACUAAGUGAUGGAAGAGUUUGAUACGUCCAGGCUGUCUCCGUCCUGACCUCUUGUACUUUAUUCUCUGUGUUUGUACAAGCAGGACGCCGAGUAAAUCAGUAACUUAAUAAUACACAAAAACAACAGUGUUGUUAUGAAACCCGCCUCUGCAGCUUCCCGUCAGAUCUCCUCUGAACCUGAAACAGGAGGUGAAUAAACAAACAAACAAUCCUUUUAUGUCAAUAAAACCCAGAAGCUUGUAACUGUAUAAAGGCGGAGCGGCUCCCGGAGCUCAGUCGUUAUAUCCUGAAUCAUCAUGAACCUGCAGCUCGGCGGUCUUCUCCUGGUGGCGGCGCUGUUUACCAGCAGCUCGACUCUGACGCCUGGAUGCAGAUUCUUGCUUCCUCCUUUUUCCCUGACCGACCCCUCCACGAUGUACGGCAGGUGGAACUUACUCGCCGGUUUCAGCGAUUGUGAAAUAUUGAACGCCACGUCGAGUAAAAACCUGAGCUCGUGGCUGAACAUCGCGCAGUCACCCAACCCCAACGAGUUUGUGCUGACUCAGCAUGACCGGAUAAAUGGAACCUGCGUGGUUACAUCUAUGACUGUUACCGUCGACGGCGACACGGCCACGAUGUCAUUCGGCAACGUCUCCUCACAGUUCCAGCUGCGUCCGGCCUGUGAUGACUGCCUGUUCAUGAAAAUGAACAGCACGGUCAGGAACCUCAACAAGAUGCUUCAAGGGACCAACUUCGACGGCAAGAUAACAGGGGACGAGACUUCUUUUCGUCAUUUUUAUCUGAUUGCCAGAGAGUCGAGGAUGCAGGACUGGGAGCUGGGGCGCUUCAAGCUGCCGAACUCGGAACUGGAGGGAUCCGAGUACUCAGAACUGGAGAUCUUCAAGCAGCAGGCGAGCUGCUUCGGGUUCUCCAGAGAACCAGCAUUUCAGCACGACCCCAAGAACGAGUUCUGUGCUGAAGGCGAGGGCGUCAAGAUAACAAUCUGAAGUUAACAAUAACAACUUUCCUGAAUCUUUCAAACAGAAACUGAGAAAGUAAAGAGACAAAAAGUGA